CGAAUCCCUUUAAUUUAAUUGCUUCUCUGUUUCUCUUAUUCAUUGGUUCUGUUCUGUUCUGUUCUGGCAAACAAAACAUGACACUCUCAUCUCACGUGGUCGAUACUAAUGACGGCGCUCCACUUGAUUCUGGCCAUGCCCGUCUUCACGAGCUCGGUUACAAACAAGAGCUCAAGCGUGAUCUUUCGGUAAUCUCAAAUUUUGCAUUUUCAUUUUCUAUUAUAUCAGUCGUCACUGGAGUCACCACCCUUUACAACACUGGGCUGAACUAUGGUGGCCCGGUUUCAAUGGUAUAUGGGUGGUUUAUAGCUUCUGCUUUCACCAUGAUUGUUGCACUGUCAAUGGCUGAAAUUUGUUCAUCUUACCCAACUUCUGGUGGUCUUUACUAUUGGAGUGCCAAGCUUGCUGGCCCGGGAUGGGCACCCUUUGCCUCCUGGAUUACUGGCUGGUUCAAUAUUGUUGGCCAGUGGGCAGUGACAACAAGUGUAGAUUUUUCACUUGCACAACUGAUUCAGGUUAUCAUUCUCCUUAGUACUGGUGGGAAAAAUGGUGGUGGAUAUGAGGCAUCUAAAUAUGUAGUUAUUGCUUUUCAUGGGGGACUUUUGCUCCUACACGGUAUAAUAAACAGCCUUCCUAUCUCAUUGUUAUCAUUCUUAGGACAGUUGGCUGCAAUCUGGAAUGUUUUAGGUGUUUUUGUGCUUAUGAUUGUCAUUCCAUCUGUUGCCACGGAAAGGGCCAGUGCCAAGUUUGUUUUCACUCAUUUCAAUGCUGACAAUGCGGAUGGAAUCAGCAGCAAACCCUAUAUAUUUAUCUUGGGACUUCUAAUGAGUCAGUAUACCCUAACUGGGUAUGAUGCAUCAGCUCAUAUGACAGAGGAAACCAAGGAUGCUGAUAAAAAUGGACCAAAAGGAAUUAUCAGCGCUGUUGGGAUAUCCAUUAUUGUUGGAUGGGGUUACAUACUAGGCAUUACCUUUGCAGUCACUGACAUCCCUUACCUUUUGAGUGAAAAUAAUGAUGCUGGUGGGUAUGCCAUUGCUGAAAUAUUUUAUCUUGCAUUCAAGAGAAGAUAUGGCGAUGGAACUGGGGGUAUUAUUUGUUUGGUAAUUGUUGCUAUUACCAUAUUUUUCUGUGGUAUGAGUUCAGUUACCAGCAAUUCAAGGAUGGCUUAUGCUUUCUCAAGAGAUGGGGCCAUGCCAUUAUCAUCAUUGUGGCAUAAAGUUAACAAGCAGGAGGUCCCCAUAUAUGCAGUUUGGCUUUCCGUUUUUAUAUCAUUUUGCAUGGCCCUAACGUCACUUGGAAGCAUAGUGGCAUUUGAGGCCAUGGUGUCAAUAGCAACAAUUGGCCUCUACAUUGCUUAUGCCAUACCAAUCUUCUUUAGGGUGACAUUGGCACGAAAGCGUUUUGUCCCAGGGCCUUUCAACUUGGGUCGUUACGGAGUCAUUGUUGGAUGGGUUGCAGUUCUUUGGGUGGUGACCAUCGCCAUACUCUUCUCAUUGCCUGUUUCAUACCCAAUAACCAUUCAGACACUUAACUACACCCCUGUUGCUGUUGGAUGUUUGCUCAUUCUUAUAGUUUCUUACUGGAUAAUCACUGGUCGGCAUUGGUUUAAAGGCCCUAUAACCAAUAUUAAAAAUUGAAGUUGUGUACAUCUUUAGUGAAUUGAACUCGUGCUAAAUAUGAUUAUUUUUUUGAACCAUAUAUUGUUUGGUAUUU